GUACGUUUCUAUCGUUCGCAGUCUCCUUCCGUCCUUCUCCUCACCUCUCACCUUUUUGUGUGCCCUUAUGGGCUGUUCUAGCGUGCCUCCCCUCCGUCCUGGCAUAUAUGCGUCUUGCAGGGUUUGCCCCUCCUGCUGGUAUGUCCCGUUCGCUCCCGACUUUAUACGCGCCUUCUGGGGUUCCUUCUAAGAAUUUCUUGCGUGCCAGCCCGACAACUCGGACGGUCCGUUCAUCGAGCUUCAAGUUCGCUUUCCACGAAUUCUCAGCACUAUCUUAAGAUGUCUGGAACCAGCUGACAUACAUCCCGUCAUAUACCAGCAGAGUGUCUUUCAUAGUUUAGCUUAGACUUGUCCUCUUCUAGCAACCCUCG